GCCUAGGGCCUGGCUCCGCGGCCGCCAUCUUGGAUCGACGUUGCCAGUUGUACGGAGAGGGACGGACGGGACGAAAGGCAGCCGCCCGUGUCAGAGUCGCUGCGAGUCGCGUCGAACAGAGAAUCCGAGAGAAAGUGUGUGUUGUCGUGUGUUUGUCGGGCUGACAGUCCCAGGCGUCGUGCCGUUGGCGAGGACAGGCUAGGCUCGGCGGACAGCCCAGCCCCCGUGUGCAAAGAUGGCUGGCCAAGAUCCAAAGUGGCAGAAGGAUGCUGCUGACCAAAACUUUGAUUAUAUGUUCAAACUUCUCAUCAUCGGAAACUCAUCCGUGGGAAAGACCUCCUUUUUAUUCCGAUACGCCGACGACUCCUUUACGUCAGCGUUCGUGUCAACCGUAGGAAUCGACUUCAAAGUCAAAACAGUAUUUCGACAUGACAAACGUGUCAAACUACAAAUUUGGGAUACCGCUGGGCAGGAACGCUACCGCACCAUCACCACGGCGUACUACAGAGGCGCCAUGGGCUUCAUCCUCAUGUACGACAUCACCAAUGAGGAGUCGUUCAACAGCGUGCAGGACUGGGUGACGCAGAUCAAGACGUACUCGUGGGACAACGCCCAGGUCGUGCUUGUAGGCAACAAGUGCGACAUGGAGGAGGAGCGUGUCAUCUCCUUUGAGCGCGGCAAGCAGCUCGCCGACCAGCUCGGCAUUGAGUUCUUUGAAACCUCCGCCAAGGAGAACAUCAAAGUUAAGUCCGUGUUUGAGCGACUGGUUGACAUCAUCUGCGACAAGAUGUCGGAGAGCCUCGAUUCGGACCCCAACCUGAUGAACGCGGGCAGCAAAGGAACCCGACUGACGGAGCAGCCUCAGGGACCCCAGAACCCCAACUGCAACUGCUAGGCCCAGCGCUUAGCGGUGAGUUUGUGUGUACCAGUCGGGGUCCCAGCGGGGUCGCGGCCACCGGGGUGGGACCCUUUCCUACCCCGCUUACCCCGCCCCUCCCGCCGGAAGCCCCACCGGCCGCCGCGGGGCAACUCUGGGGGAGCCGCGCGUUCGUGCGCCCACUGGAGGGACAAGAACUGUCGCUGCUGCUGUAGUGCUUUUCACUCAAUUUUUGUCAAACCCGUCUAUGAAAUCCUAAAUCAGAUUGUUGUGUUUUUUUUUUUUUUUUUUUUUUCGUCAUUUGUAAUUUUAGGCCUAUGUCACUUCCAAAUUAGGGAAUUACUUUGAUGGGAGGUUUCUGUUGUUAGUGCGAUUUCGAAAUUAUUCUAAAUGAGAAAGCGAGCUAAGAGCAGAGCCGCUUGUUUUAACUUUUGCGAAUUGAAUUCCGCCCCGUGUCCCUCUGCUUUCCCAGGCUGCCCCAUUCACGACCAUUCAAACAAUUUUGUAAAUGUGACUUUUUCUUCGGUUAAAACCGAGCGGCGCCAACACCAAGGUCAAUGUUUUGUGUAUAUAUGUGUAGUGUGUCUGAGCUUUUACGCGCAAGAGCAACUCAAAGAAUGUUUAAAUGAAAAAUUGAGUAAAUGGAGAGAGAGAGAGAGAGAGAGAGAGAGAGAGAGAGAGAGAGAGAGAGAAUGUGUGCUAUGUUAUACCCUCAGUGGUGUUAUCUCCUGUCAGGCCAACUAGGCCUUUCAAAUUUUAUUAGUGUACUUUUUAUUUUGCCUUCUUGUUUUAUACAACUGGAAUGGCUUUUAGCAAGCCGUGGUUUAUUUCCAGACAACAAGCAUCUUUCGAGAAGCUAUUUUUCUAUUUCCUGUGCUUAGAAAAACAGUUGACCCUUCCCUUCCCCCUUUCCGAGGCUUCCUGCAAAAGCAAACUUACAGCAAAAAUCGAGCCACGGAAAAAGUCUUUUCAUAGACUUAUUGAUUCUAUUGUUCAUUUUGCGGUGAAUAUCUCUCAUCCCCUCUCCCUGCGCCCUGUGCAAUGCAUUGAGGCUUGAAAUGUUACUAUUUCUUUAUUACUAAAGGCCUGCAAGAAUGAGAUUGUUUAUAGGAAUCAGACUUUUAAGAAUUGCGCUAUGCUUGAAAUAAGAUCCUUUCUUUCGAACUUGAUGAACUUUGGCUUCGUUUUAUCCAUUAAAACACGAAAAGAAUUGAUUUGCGUGAUUGUGUGUUGUAUGCUUACUAGUAAAGAUUGUCGAUUUUUUGAGGAUAUGGUCCGUAUCUGGUUUAGGAGAACAGCCAUGUAAGAAAUGGACAGUCAAUUCGUUUCACCAGUUUUGACUUCAUUUCGAAAUAGGUGGGCACUGUUCUGUACAAGGAAAUGGGCAGCACGUCAGCUGAAUAAGUAAUGCUCAGUAUGUAACUUUUGCUACAGUGGUCACUUUCCAAGAUAUUUACUCAUCGUGGUUUUACCCAUGUCUCCAUUAAAAAUUUAUAUUGACGUACGAAUAUCGGGUUUGAAUCCUGGGAACGUAAUAUUUCAUGAAAUGUUCGAAGUACCCAAUGGAUCGGUAACUAUGUUUGCGAUGUGUAACCUAUUAGAUAAGGUUCUUCUCUGAAAUGUAUAAUCGGAUAGAUUUGCGUAGUCGUGAAUAUAUAUGUCUUCAGUAUUACUGUUCCAACGGGUUGCACACUGUCAACUUUACAUUGCAAAGGGGUGCUGUUUAAGGCUGCAAGGUCUCAGCAUCGCAGUUGGUGUUUUUGCGCUUUUUUCUCACUUUUCAGUCGCAGCUUGUGUGAAGCUCCGUUGACAAUAACUUGAAUUACGAUCGUUACUUUUAUUCCGUUUGUGUCGUUUCAUUGUUUAUGUUGUAUUUGUUUGUUGCGUUUGCCGACUUCCCCUUGUGCGAGGCCAUUGCCAGGCUGACAUUGCGCCCCUGAUGGAGUGCUACCUAACUGGCGCAGUGUUUAAGGCACUAAUGUCUCAUUUGGGUGAAGUGCGUUUUGAUAUCCAAUAUCAAUACGACCGCGUGAAGUUGCACCACUGCCACACAAUUUAAUAAAGCAUUCUCUUCAAAUGAGGACUCAGAAGUCAAGUGUUAGUAGGGCUUUUCGCAAUUUUUACUGGAUAGUACUUUUAUGUCACGCCCUCUUUUUGGCCACUUUCUCAUAAAACGAUAGCCGUCGUGCAGAUACGUGCUCUGGCUGGUUCAGUUACGCCGUUUUUGCCCGCGUAUAGAAAGUGCCAAAAAGAGUGCAGGGAUCGGCAGUGGUGCUACUUGACGAGUUGGUGAUCUGUACAUAUGAAGGACUUGAUGGGUUUCAGUCGCACGGUAACGAGUGGCUACAUAUCAAGCAGAAACAGAUAUUAUUCUUAAGUCAGAUUAUAUUUUGAAUAUUAAAUUAUGUUGCAUUUGUUAUUUAUUUUUCUCCUGAAAGGAAUAUGUAAUUAAGAUUUUAGCACUUAUUUGUGUUUGUGAGGAUUAUAGAUUUGGCAAACGCGCUAUUUUAUUGCUUCGUUGGAAUUAUAACCAUUGUUUUGUCAUUUUAUCGCUGUAUUCGAAUUUGUGUUAUCGUUGCGUUCGUACUUAGCAAAUGAUAGCUGUAAAUCGUCCAAAACGAUAUGUCAGCUAACAAACUAAUUGAGAUUGUGUCAAUAAAGUUUAUUUGGCGAGUGAUCACGAGUAGCCUAUAAAUGUCCCAUUAUGUAAAUAUGUAGCGUUGUUUUGUUUUGACCAGCGCCCAUUCAAUGGGGGCAAUGUUAUUGAUCGCACAUUGUUGGUAUGUAGGAACAGAUUGUCCAAAAGAAAUAGAAAAAAAGAGCGAAAGAAACAGAGAGAAAAUGUGUGAGCACAAGAGCGGGAGAGAAAGAUAGAACGAUAGAAAAGACGUAAAAAGUAAUAGAGAAAAACUCUUCCUCAGUGAACAAACUGUACGCAUCGAAAACUGAACUUCUUAUUUCUUCCAGUGUAAGUUACUCAAAAGGAUGAAAAAGGUUACCACCACGCGUUACAAUGUUUUGUUUGGGUACCAAAAACGAUGAUUAGUCAAUGAAAUAAAUACUGUUAACUAAGUGA